AUGUGGUAUACCGAAGAAAAUAUCCAUGGCUUAGAACCUCACCCAUUUGUAACACUGAAUUCGAUUGGUCUCGUCACCUGGUAUCCUGGUGGGAAAAUUAAACUUUCGUGUGUCAUCAAAGUUUCCAGAUUUCCUUUCGAUGAGCAGUGCUGUAAAAUUACUGUUGGUGCAUGGCAAGUAACUGACUGGGUCCAGAAACCAAAUCCAAGAUCAAAGACGUCCGAUGAUACGAAUAUCAUUUUUGAAAAUGGUGAAUGGGAGUUUAUGAAUUUUAACUUUACAGAAGUGUACAACAAAGAAUACGAUUUAACAACAGUGGUUUACAAACUUCAUUUCAGGAGAAGAUAUCUUUACAUCGUAUUGACUAUUGUUGUUCCAAUAAUAAUACUUGCUGUUUUAAAUUCACUGACAUUUUUCGUUCCAGUUGAUUCAGGGGAGAGAAUAACAUACAGUCUGACACUUUUUCUGACAUUCACCGUCUUCUUAACCUUAUUCGAGGAAACCAUGCCACGAAAUUCUACCGACGUGCCCUACCUCACUUUAUAUGUAGCAUUUCAUUUACUCCUGUGUGUGUUAAGCACAAUCAUAUCCGUUCUUUUAAAACCUAAUAUCAAACCUAUUCUUAAUCAUGGUCACGACCCAAACUACACCAAAGAAGCAAAGGAACUGCAAUUAGAGAAUGGAAAGAGUUGUAUCAUUGAUGAUAGCCUCAAAGUUGAUGUUCAUAAAGAAGAGAAGAAAUAUCAAUGUGGAUGUUAUAAUACUCUGUGGAAACAUGCUAUGAACAUUGCUGGCAUUGCAAUUUUAUAA